ACAAGUUGCAGAUUACAACAGGUGACCAGCUUUGCUGCAUACAAGGAUUUUCCUUAUGUAACAGCUGGUUAGCACAACAAGUAAAAAUGCUAACCAUCUUGGAGAGGUGCAAAACUCUUAAUCUUCUUAGAGAAAAAGUGAAAUAUAAAUGAAACUCUCCAGCCAACCAACAGAAUCAGUCCACUCCCCCUUGUCCUUGUUAGAAAAAUUUGCUGUCAGAGCAAACAGUACUAUAUUGAUGGCUGGUGGAUAGUGAAAAAGCUCAACACAAGCAGCAUUUGCAAUGUGAACAACCAAGACUACUGAAAUGUUGGCACCAGUUUUUGCAAACAGAUCAAGCUGGCUGGAAGAGGACAAUGGAAUCUGAGUUGGCCUCUAUAGCCAUUACUUUUUGUUUGGACUUUGAGACAUUCCAUCUAUCAACACCAGGUCUGAGGGCUGGGCUUGUCUCAUUUCUCAGGUUUGUAAACAAACAGGUUGUUGUUUCCAAGCAGCUGUUUGCUGGCAGUAAGAAAUGGUUCCAUACAUUUAGAAGGCAUUUGGGACAUACUAUUCCCCAAUUCCAUUUUUUAAAUUGUUUGCGGCUAAGGUGUUAAAAUGUCUAUGUAGUGGGUUUGAGAGACAGCGAGAAAGAAUUGGAAAGCUCCCAUGGGUUUAGGAGAAGGAAAGGGAGAGGCUUUUGAAAGUAACAAUUCUUUGGCAGAAGCAGAGGCAAUGAAUGAAGGAAAGUUGGCUGGGAUCCUGGAUAAGAUUCCAGGUUAUGUUAUUUUUUUCUGUGUUGCUGCAUCAUUUCCUGCGAACACUGCUUGCAUUUCCUCACAACUCGAGACAAUCAAGGGAAUCAAGGAAUGUGAUGAGAGGCGUGUUCAUCUCAGCAGAGAAAGCCAAUCUGUUCAUUGGACGGCAGCUCCUAUACAACAGAUUUGACUUUGAACUAUUAACCCAAGGAAAUCUUAAAAGGGAAUGUUAUGAAGAACAAUGUAAUUUUGAGGAAGCAAGAGAAUUUUUUGAAGACACUGAACAAACAAACACUUUCUGGAAUGAAUAUACAACUAGGGGGCCUGGCUCAAAGACAGGUGGGCAAGCACUAGAGAAGAUGGAUGUUAUAGGACUUUUGACUGGGCUUAUUGCAUUUGGAGUGCUACUGGUUAUAACUGGAUUACUAAUUUAUUAUCUAUGCCAAAAAAGGUGCAAACCAACACUGACAGGGCACCCAAGCUGCAGGAGGCACAACUCUUCCAUCAUCUUUCAAAGACGUGAAGAAUUGCCCUUAACGUCUCUCUCUCCGCAUUCAGAACAUAUAGGACUGCCAACUUAUGAACAAGCCGUGGCACUCAGAAGCAAUUACGAUGCUCCACCGCCACCAUAUCCAGGCCCUCCAGGAGGUUUUAAAAUGUUCAAGAAAUCAUUCUCACUUCCUGCUCCUUAAUUAAAAAGCAUGGCUUGUGCAAUGGUUGAGAAUUACUCUUGUCUAAAAGAAGAUGUAUUGCUGAAAUGCUGCAGCAUUGUGUUCACUUCAGGAGCCUUUCACGGUAUGAAAGGGAUAUAGCUCUUCAGCAUGCCGAAGAGGAAGUGAAGUGUGUCAGGUGAACAAGAAAACCAUCCUUCUGCAAUGGAUGAAAGACUCCUUUUGUUAUGCUUCUCUUUAGGUGCUAAGAACUGUAUUGAACUUGGCUGACAUGCAUUUUGAGCCACUCACUGAACUGAUAUACCACUUUUCCUGUCCCUCAGUUUCAGCUUCAGUUUUAAAAAUACAGUUGUCAAUUGGUGUUUUUAAUUAUCAUUGCAAUAAGUGAUAAAAUAGGAAUGGCUGUAUGCUUGCUCUAAUCUAUUUUCAGUCACAAAGAAAUAAAUAGCAGCCUGUUAACAUUUCAGUUCCCAGAAUACUCCAAACAACUUUUAAUCUACAUUUUCCACUUUAAUGGUCUACCAGCAAACAGCUCUAAAAUUAUAGCCCUGUGUCAGCACACUUUCUUUUCUUUUGUCACUCAAUACCCAUUAAAUUACAGAUCUUAAGGAUGAGACCUGUUGAUUGCCUUUUAUGUUUGUGAAUAAGAAAUGCUUUAUCAGACUAAAGCUCCAUUUAAUUUAAUACUCUGUCUGAAGCAAUAGCUAGCCAGAGAAGCGCUUAAGAGCAGGAAGGGGGAAGCUCCUGUCAAGACUAGCUUAGACAAAUCCUAUGAAACCAAAACAUUCAUUCACAAACAACCUCUAAAAAUCUUGGCCCAUUAUAUUAUUGGAACAAAUCAAGUUCAGCCUGAAAAUUGAGGAUGGGAGUUGGUAAAAUAUUCAGUGCAAAAAUACAAUUUAAAUUACAGAAGUUUUAAAAUUCUUUAUAAAAUUGAGUACCAACAUUUGUAGGUUUGACUUUUGCAGAUUUUAUUAAACACGGGUUAUUUGCUGUUGCCUCUGCUGCUGCCCAACAAUAUUUUUAA